AUGUUGAACUUUAUUAGGCCUAGUAGGAACAACAACAUAAAGUGUGCCUGCAGUCAUGUACAUUUGUCCGAUGAACAAUUAACCAAAGUUAUAAAGAAAUAUGAUUCCAACGGCAACAAUUACCUCAACAAAGAAGAUCUGAAGGAGUUGUUCCGGCAGCUAGGCUCCAACGCCCCGAGAUGGCGAGCUGCUCGAGCUAUUCACCAUGCUGAUAAGAAUGGCGAUGGACGUAUUGAUAUGACCGCGGAGUUAGAUCAACUUGUUAAGAACAUCAUACGAUGUACGUGUGGACAUGUACCUUUGACUGAAGUUCAAUUGACGAAUAUAUUCAAAAAAUGUGAUUUCAACGGGGAUGGCUACCUCACCAAGGAGGAUCUCACGGAGGCAUUCCGGCAGCUGGGGUCCACUUUCCCGGGAUAUCGAGCGGGCCGAGCCCUCCACCGGGCUGAUAAGAAUGGUGAUGGGCUUAUUGAUAAGAAAGAGUUGGAUAAACUUGUAGAGUCAUGUCUUGUACAAGUGGAGAUCGAUAUGGAUGCUUUUGAGUUUGCAGAGUGA